CCUAGACUAGUCCAUAAAUAUGCCAACUGGUUUGCCACUCCAGACUAGAGUGUUCAUCGAUGUAAAUAUUUGCCAGGAUGAGAUGUGGCUCUUUUUGGGUCCACAACUUCGGGUCACCCUCAAAAUGACAACCUACAUACAUGCAUCUAUCCGUUCCAUACAUCCACACACAAGAAUGUGUGUGCCGUAGAUGUUGGAAAUGCCCACUACCGACCGUCGUGAUCCAAGAAGUUGACCAUCGAACCGACAUUGGUCAGCCAACGUGUUGUGUCACCCCGAUUGGAUCGUUUUAGAGCUGUAGUAGUAGGGCUGUUGUUUCCGACCGAUAAUCCAUCCUCCGAUAAGAGGGGAGAUAACAGGCAACGACGAAUUUAACACCCUCCUCGCCUUUACAUUUAGAUAUAGAUAUAGACAUCAGAUACAUCUACGACGUCCAGUAUAUAGGUGGUCGUAACGGUUAUUGACUCUAACUUCCACCCGACCCCAAGUGUUUGGGGUGAGCACCGAUUUCCCGAGUCCAUUCCCCUUGGGUCCAAUCCUUGGGUCCAAUCCUUGGGUCCAAUCCUUGGGUCCAAUCCUUGUGAUCGAUGGUGCCGAGUGUCUGGAGUGCGCCAUAAGAAAGGGUGUGCUGAAUAAAUUCCCGGUGAAACACCGCCUUCUCCCUCCCCCACCUGAAACUGGCCCAGCACGAUGAAGUUCGCCGAGCACUUGGGGGCGCACAUUACGCCCGAGUGGCGCAAGCAGUACAUUCAAUACGAGGAGAUGAAGUCCAUGUUGUCGUUGGCCGUGGAGGAGGCGCCCUCGGUCGAGGUGGUCGAACUCGAGGUUCGACAGCGAUACUUUGCCAACUUUGACGAGAAAUUCUUCACCUUCUGCGAACGAGAACUGACCAAAAUCAACACGUUCUACUCGGAAAAGUUGGCCGAAGCGACGCGCAAAUUUGCCACCCUCAAAAGUGAAUUGGAGAUUCUUUCCGAGCCGCACAUUGCGGACAAAAGAUUGUUCUCAUUCGCUCGGCGCCGCGAUCCCAAUGCCAAUGCCAGUUCGGCCGGGAGCGGACCCCGGGAGCGGAUCGCUCCCCGGAAACUCCAGGACCUCAAAUUGGCUUUUUCAGAAUAUUAUCUGAGUCUCGUGUUGCUCCAGAACUACCAGAACUUGAAUUUCACGGGCUUUCGGAAGAUUCUCAAGAAGCACGACAAGAAUCUCGAGACAGAUUCGGGCGUGAAAUGGCGGUCCGAAAAUGUAGACGUGGCCCAUUUCUAUGCCAACAAAGACAUAGACAAGCUCAUCCAAGAGACGGAAACGCGUUUCAUCAACGAGCUCGAGAGCGGGGAUCGUCAGAAGGCCAUGAAACGCCUUCGUGUCCCUCCCUUGGGCGAUCAGCAAUCGCCAUGGACCACGUUCAAAGUGGGCCUCUUCUCGGGAGCAUUCUUGGUUUUGGUCAUCGCGGUGUUCUUGUCGGGCAUAUUUCACGAUUACACCAACCAAGAAACCAUCCGAGAUGAUUGGCGAAUCGUGUUCAGAUUGUAUCGCGGGCCUUUCCUCGUCAUCAUGUUCAUCUUCCUCAUCGGGAUUAACGUCUACGGAUGGCGGUCGUCUGGGGUCAACCACGUGCUCAUCUUUGAGCUCGAUCCUCGAAACCAUUUAUCCGAGCAACAUCUCAUGGAGCUGGCCGCCGUUCUAGGCGUGGUAUGGACCCUGAGUGUGUUGACCUUCCUCUAUAGCCACCACUUAUCCAUACCGGCCUACGUGAACCCCCUGGCCCUGAUUGUAAUCAUGGCUCUGUUCAUGCUCAACCCAACCCGGACGUUCCGCUUCGAGGCGCGCUUUUGGCUGCUCCGCGUGUUGAGUCGCAUCCUGUGUGCGCCCUUCUUCUACGUAGGUUUCGCGGAUUUCUGGCUGGCUGAUCAGCUCAACUCAUUGGCCACGGCCUUCACUGACUUUCACUAUCUUCUCUGUUUCUAUACCAGCCCUAACGCCACGGUGGAUGGAAAUUGGGAAGUGGCCAAUGACUUGUCGAUUUGCGUGAGCUCGUCCAAUUGGCUCAGACCCUUGGUGAAGUGCCUACCGGCGUGGUUCCGGUUUGCGCAGUGCUUGCGGCGUUAUCGUGAUUCCAAGGAGGCCUUCCCUCAUUUGGUGAAUGCCGGCAAAUACUCGACCACCUUCCUGGUCACCAUUUUCUCGGCUCUCUGGGAUUGGGACAAGGACAACUCGGGGCGACUCUAUGGUGUGUUCUUCUACCUCUACAUCGGCAGCUCCAUUGUGAGCUCCAUGUACGCCUACGCCUGGGAUAUUAAAAUGGAUUGGGGCUUCUUCGAGAAGACCACGGGCGAGAACAAGUUCCUGCGAGAAGAGAUCGUGUACUCGUCCCGGUCGUACUACUACUUCGCCAUUGUGGAAGACUUCGUGCUCCGCUUUGUGUGGGCGCUUUCUUUGGCGCUUCAAGAGCUCGACUACAUCCAGGGCGAUGUGAUGACCACCAUACUCGCGCCACUCGAGGUGUUUCGACGCUUCGUGUGGAACUUUUUCCGCUUGGAGAACGAGCAUUUGAACAAUUGCGGUAAUUUCCGAGCCGUUCGCGACAUAUCCGUGGCUCCAAUUGAUGCCUCGGAUCAGGCCUUGAUCAUCCGAAUGAUGGAUGAACCCGACGGAGUGUUCCUCGUGCGGAAACGGAAGCUGGGAAACCUAUCUCUUGCCACGAAAAAGACAAAGGAUGAUCAAAUGAGUCAGCAGCCUCUGCUGUCGCCCAAACAUGAAGAUGACGAGGUCGACGACAACGAGAACGAGAAACAGCUCUAGAAAUAAUAAAUUCCUCUUGAAUCAA